AUGGAUAAGUGGAACAUGAACGACUUGGCGGCUCAAGAAAAUCAACCCUUGACAUCUGGGUGCGCGGCUCAUACUUUGAAUGCCAUUGACUCUACACCGGAACCGACUAACGAGGCUGAGUCGGCCGCCAGCAAAACACCUACCCGUGCACCCAAUCGCAAAGGUCAUGCAAGAAAGCACACGAUGGCUCAGAUUGACUACCAUUUAAUUCCAGAACCUUUCAGCCUGGGAGAGAGCCCUCCAGAAGUUAAGCGGGACCAAGGCCAGGUUCAGAGUGGCAGUCAACACAAGUCGUCCCCGGGAAAAUCUGACAUGUCCGGAACCUUUGCCUACCCAUCCAAAUCAUUCAAGUCGUGA